GGUUGAGCAACUUUAUAAGGAUGAGUAUGUAUUCUCUGCGUAUAGUCAGGUUGAGAUUUUUUGUGAUUGCAUUAUCACCAACCUUCGCGAUAUUAGCAAGCGCAGACACCGUUUUGGUCAAGAAUUUGAAAGAAGUAAUGUUGAAUUGCUACCUGGGAAUAAUGUGAACUCUCAAACAAAACACAAUCUUGAUACAAAUCCUGUAUCAGAUGACCUAAAGCUACAAUUAACAGCCGAUAUAGCUAAAGACUAUACUCUUUGUUUGGAGCAUCAAGUUGACGAACAGAACUUAGUACCAAAAUGUCAAGAGUUCUACAUCACAUUGUUCACCUCCAAUUCAAAAGAUGGUUAUUACCCUGAUGAUAUAGAAGAUCAGUCUUUUAGUGGAAAAGGUUUCCAUGGUAAGAACAAGCUUAGCUCCAAGAAACAUGGAACGACGAAGACUUUAAAUGGCAAAUGCAACAAUGAUGGAGACAAAUUAUCUAACGAUGUUAGUGAAGUUGUGUCAAGUUUGAUAUUUGCUGCAUCAAGGUGUGGUGAAUUGCCAGAGCUACAUUUGAUAAGUAAUGUUGAAUUGCUACCUGGGAAUAAUGUGAACUCUCAAACAAAACACAAUCUUGAUACAAAUCCUGUAUCAGAUGACCUAAAGCUACAAUUAACAGCCGAUAUAGCUAAAGACUAUACUCUUUGUUUGGAGCAUCAAGUUGACGAACAGAACUUAGUACCAAAAUGUCAAGAGUUCUACAUCACAUUGUUCACCUCCAAUUCAAAAGAUGGUUAUUACCCUGAUGAUAUAGAAGAUCAGUCUUUUAGUGGAAAAGGUUUCCAUGGUAAGAACAAGCUUAGCUCCAAGAAACAUGGAACGACGAAGACUUUAAAUGGCAAAUGCAACAAUGAUGGAGAGUAUGGAAUAUACUAUGAAUCAAUUCAAGAGAACGCAAUUGAUUACCGGAAGAUCUUAGUCGAAGAAGGUUUUGUUCUGCACAAUUCCUAUGAUGAUCAGGAAAUAGUGGCUCAUUACGAAUAUGAGGAAAUAGAAGAAGAUUCGAUCCCUCGCUUAAGCCAUGUACACCCAAAGCUUCCAGACUAUGAUGAAUUAGUAACCAAGUUCACAUAUAUUAAGAAAGAUCAUAUGCAGAAAUAUUCAAAUAAACGAGCCCUUAGUAGGUGGAUGUGUUGGUAG